AUGCGGAACUCGCUCAUUCAGCAUACGCGAAACCUGUCAGCGACAAAGCAAAUCACGGGGAUUGUCUGCGACCACGUGGAUGUCUUCACUUGGGGCCACUCCCCUCCUGAACAGCACGGCAAUAAGUUUUCCUCAGGGAAAGCAACAGCGCCAUUCUACAAUGCGGGACAAAGGCGCUGCACACUCUGUGAUGACCGUCUAGAAACUUCCUUCUCUGCUCACUGCGGCUACGUGGGGCAUGUGGCGCGAGUGGGUAUACUGGAGCGUGCAAUGGAAAUACUACAAAAGGGGGAAAAACGUGCGGCGAAUGGAAAGAGUGGUGGUUUAGGUGGAAAAAUAACAGAUUUAGAUGAAAGCAUUAAGGCACUUGUGGGCACCUGGUGGUCUCGAUUAAAUGAUACAAAGCGGGAACCGGCACUCGACUACAAGCGCAUACCAUCACUCAGCGCAUCUACGACGAAAAAGCGAUUGUGGCGUAUGCGUUUCCUGCUGCAGUAUUUGCGUGAUAGAGGUAUUAUCCGCUACAGUUUGACUCCGGCAAAGGUAGCUGGCGCGGGAGAUAACGCGUUUGUACGAUCUGCCCGUUUCGAGAGAAGUGAGAUGAUUGGAGAUAACAUUGUAAAAGUUGUGGUCCCUGACCGCUUAGUUCGGCUCUUCCCUGCGGAUGAGGGCGGUGUGACAUAUAAAUUGGCUUCUAUUCAACAACUGCUUGACAGUAAUGAGGGAUUAUUGGAAAUAUACGACUAUCUUGGCCUCAACAACAUCAUCGGCGUGAGGCUUCCAAACAACAAGACGAAGUCAGACGUUGUGGAGGCUUUGUUUGGUGAACUGCAGACAUUUCUUUGGGCAAGCGAGUUGUCCUGUGGGUCGUGCCAGUACCCCGCAUUUCCUACUGCUGAGCACCGUUAUGUGCGCGCGUUAGUUGAUCACUUAUUGAAUGAGCUUACGCAUAUGGUUAUUAUGUGGCGUGUUGAGAGCACCCUCGAGAACUCUAAGGAAUAUCUUGCCAAGUACCUUCUACAGGGCGCACGUCAAAAUGGUAGUUUUUCUACUAGUGCUAGUGGUGCUACAAUCGUAAAGGAGGUGGAUUGUGACCGUUCCCGCUACGCUGUCUUGCCGCUGCUUUUGACGUUUCCUUACUCGACAUCAUCUGCCAAUAAAUCAGCGGGAGGAAAGCAGCCACCGCUUCAAUCUUCGAGUUUGGCUGCAGCGAAAAGUGUGCAGGAAAGAGGGACGCCGCGGAUGUUGUUUACCUCACCAGUAGCUAUGCCAGCCGUUUUGCAUUCGCAUUACAACCCACCCCUUCGUAUUGUGCGAACCAUUAAGGAUUAUCAGCGUGAGAUUUUAACGGUACUCGAAGAGGAGGAAGUUGUGUCUGCAUUAAUCCCUUGUACAGAUUCUUCGUGGGGGAUGAAAGAGGGAAAUAUGAAUUCGCGGGAAACUGGGAGGAGGAAACCGCCACAUGGGCAGAUCCGCGCCCCAUGGCACGAGUUGGCACUGGAAAAAUAUCCAAGAUGGCGGUGUGACACUGAAGAAGCGGUGGUACGCCAAGCCUUGGAGCUUCGACUCAUGCAGCGGAAGGUUUACACCAAAGAGACCAAUUGGAGGGCAUUAACUACCGCCAUGGCUCAACGUCUCCUUCCGAAUUCCCCAUUGGAAGUAGAUCCAGUAGGUGUACGGCCUGUUAGACAAACCGGAAGGUUGCUGUUGACUUUUGAAGGGACUACUGAGCGUAGAGCGGCACUCGCUACUAGCAUGUGUUUUCCGUCGCUAGCACAAUCGGCCGGCUGA